AUGCGUUCUACUCUGAUCUGUACGACCCUUGCUGCAGGCGCCCUGGCGGCCCGCCCGUGGAUCAAUGAGCCAGAUACUGGGUUAGAAGAGGUCAUCGGAGACACUCCCAAAGGCUCACUGCCCGACCUCAAGGCUAUGGUUGGCUUACCUGACUUUGACUGGGCUGCGAGGAACUAUCUUCCUCUCUUGAACUACACUUACUACCGCAACGGAGCAGCGGGCGAAUCCUCGUACCGGAACAACCUGGAGGUGUUUGGCCGUUACACCUUCAUCCCUGAGGUGAUGAAUGAUAUUACUAAGAUUGAGGAGUCUUUACCGUAGGUUUUAUACCUGGUUAAGGUAGACUGGUAGUUCUGACAUUUAAUAGUACUACUAUCCUCGGCCACAACUUCUCGGCUCCCUUUUACAUCAGCCCCUGCGCCUACGGCGCUUACGGGCAUCCCAAUGCGGAGGCUAACCUUGUCAAGGGAGCUGCUGCUGGCAAGAUUCUGUACAUUGUAAGUUCAUUGACACUCAAUUGAGGGAUAUGUCUAACAAAUUACAGCCCUCGGGCUACGCCAGUCUGUCCAUUGAGGAAAUCCAUGCUCUCAAGGCCGAGGGCCAGGUCGUGUUCCAGCAGGUAUGUGAAUGUAAGAGCAAUCUAUAAUUCUUGCUGUACUAAUACUUCCCAGCUCUACCUCACUACCAACGAUACUGAGACCCAGAGCCUCUUUGACCGCAGCAAGGCUGCUGGAGCCGAUGCUCUGGUUUUCACCGUCGAUGCUCCCAUCUUCGGCUCUCGCCACCGCGCUGCCCGCCUUGAUGUAAGCUUGGCGUAAGUAAAGUCCAUACAUAUACCAUAUUUUCGAACCAUACGCUAACCAUCGUGCUUAGAUCUGUCCCCUACCGCCACAUCACGGUAAGUAGCACCAUAUGAUUAAGUCGACAAACCCUGUAUACUAAUAACACGCACUCUCAGUGGGACUACUAUCACAAACUCCAGAACAUGACAGAUCUCCCCAUCAUUGUCAAGGGUAUUAUGAGUGUCAAGGAUGCAAAGAAGGCGGUUGAGAACAAGGUUCCUGCCAUUGUCCUCUCCAACCACGGCGGUCGCCAGCUCGAUGGCGCCCCAUCUGCCCUGGAAGUUGCAAUUGAUAUCUACAAAGAGGCUCCUGAGAUAUUCAACCAGACCGAAGUGUUCGCUGACGGCGGAGUUCGCUACGGCACUGAUGCCCUCAAGCUUCUCGCCCUUGGUGUCAAGGCUGUUGGUCUCGGCCGCCCCUUCAUGUACUCGAAUGUGUUCGGCCAGGAGGGUGUUGAGCGCGUCAUCGAGCUUUUCAAGAAGGAACUUGCUGUUGAUGGCGCCAAUGUGGGACUUGGGUCUCUGAAGGACAUCAAUGCCGGCUUUGUGAGUAGACUCUAUAUGUUUGGUUCUUCACCAGCUAACUUGUCGCCAGCUUAA